CUCCUUGCUUGUCCUAACGGCCACGGCGGUUCUGAAAGACGAAAAUUUCAGCAAAGUAAAUGAUGGGUAUCGAAAUUUGUGGGGAAAUAGACAAAGUAAAUGGGAAAGGACUGAGUUAUAAGGAAUUUGUAGAACGAUACAUGGAGAAGAACAAACCUGUAGUGUUGACAGGUCUCAUGGAUGAUUGGAAGGCUUGCAGUGAUUGGGUCGACGAGAAUGGGCAGCCAAAUCUAAGUUUCUUUUCCACCCAUUUCGGGAAGUCCAGGGUACAGGUUGCAGAUUGCGGUACUAGAGAAUUUACAGAUCAGAAGAGAGUAGAAAUGUCUGUUUCAGAGUUCAUUGAUCAAUGGUGUAAGGAGCCCAUACCGGAGAAUGGCCUUGGCUCAAACAAUGGACUUACAGACGAGUCUGUACUAUACUUGAAAGACUGGCAUUUUGUGAAGGAAUAUCUAAAUUAUACAGCAUAUUCAACUCCACACUUUGUUUGUGAUGACUGGCUGAACCUAUACCUUGACAGCUACCGUAUGCACAGGGAUCCUGACUCUUACCAAGAGAAUGAUGAAAUAAGUUGCUCCGACUAUCGUUUCGUUUACAUGGGAGCAAAAGGUUCUUGGACUCCACUUCAUGCUGAUGUUUUCAGGUCAUACAGCUGGUCAGCAAAUGUUUGUGGAAAGAAACAGUGGUUUCUUUUGCCUCCUUCUCAGUCUCAUCUUGUAUUCGACAGGAAUAUGAAGGCCUGUGUUUAUAAUAUCUUUGAUGAUAUAAGUGAAAAUUUGUUUCCUGGUUUUAAGAAGGCUACCUGGUUGGAAUGUAUUCAAGAACCAAAUGAAAUUAUAUUUGUGCCAAGUGGCUGGUAUCAUCAAGUUCAUAAUCUGGAUGACACCAUAUCAAUAAACCACAAUUGGUUUAACUCCUACAAUCUCUGUUGGGUGUUGGACUUGAUGUUGCGGGACUAUAAUGAAGCCAAGGAGUACAUAGAAGACAUUAGAGAUAUAUGUGAUGAUUUUGAAGGUCUCUGUCAGCGCAACCUUGCAGCUAACACAGGCAUGAACUUCUAUGACUUCUUCAUCUUCUUAGCACGCUUUUCGCUCGCGAAUUCGGUGGUACUUGACAUUCUAGUUAGAGAUGCUGAAAAUAUUGCUGGGACUGGGAGCACAUUUCCAAUAAUUCAACAGUUGGUUCAGAAUCUUUCUUCAAUACAGCAGAUUGCCUUGAAAAUGAAAUCCCUGGAAUGUUUUUCAGGAGACCAAGGAUUCGUGUUGGAUCUAGUAGAAACACACAAAAAUCCCAUGUUUUCUAAACUCUGUUAUUCUUUAAUUCAAAUCUGUGAGUCCAUACACAAUCGACAGGUUUUGAGCUUAUGUUCAAAGACAGUCGCAACACAAGAUUCUUGCACUUUGAUAGUCAUUCAAAACUUUUGUGAUGCUGUUUCGUCUCCCCAAGAUCUUGUCAAAUAUAUCGACGCGGUCUUAACUGAACACACAAGCUUAGAAUCAUCGGAAUGAUUGUUUGUCAUUUCUUCAUACACAACUGAUUCUCAAGCUAGUUUCUAGACAACAGUGUGGUUCAUCUUCAUCUAGCAGGCAUUUGAGAAAUGAGAAAUCAAAAUGAAAUGAACUCCACCGUUAGUGCUGGUCCUCCUGGCAUUGAAGUGACAAAUCUUGGAUACAGAUUCUCUUUCUCUCUCAUGAUUGGAUCAUUGCAUUGAUUCAAAGAAAAGAAAGAGAAACAAGAGGUUAGUAGUCUGUGGUUCGAUUUGAAAGUGACCCCAGUGGUGGAUCAGAUUGUGGGAGCACCCACCAAAGAUCACCAUCUUUUAUGGGCCUCGCUUUUCUUUUUUUUCUUUUUCCUGAUCUAUCCUCAUAAAGUGUUAUUUUCUUUUCUUAUGUUGGUAAAGCAAACUGUAUUAUUGUAUGCCUUUUCAGUUUCAGGCCAGUACACUAAGAUGAGUGUCUGUGGUUAAAGUUGGUGGCACCAAGCAGUGGCAUUCAUUUCACUCUUCUCUUCA